GAUCCGAAAAAUACAUUGUUCUUGGCUGAGUAAUUCGCGCAGGAGCUCCAGAGAGAAUCCAUACUUCGCCUCCUUGAUGAAAGCUUCAGUCGUGGUGGGCUUGUUCUCGAGUCUGAUCUAAGAUUCUGGGUGCCGAUCGUCAUCUAAAUGCAACAUAAGCAUAAUCGUCAUUCAACGCCUGGAUUUCAAUUGCUUGAAUUAGAAUUUGGUAUCUGGUCCAGCAAUAGCCUUGCUGGACUUCAAUAUUAGAGGAGUGCAUUUUAUAGACUAGGAUUGGAUGGAUCUGACAUGGCUGAGUGCCAUUGUAGUUGGGGCCAGCUGCCUUGUUUUGGGAUACUGUAUUGGUUCGAAGUAUCCUCCUCGCAUCUUUAUCAAAGCUAGAUUAGCCAAAAUCAACCAAUCCAGCAGAAAUGGGAAGAAGGAUAAGCCUAAAGAGCCAUUGGAGGUCGAAAAUUUGGCUGACAUUCUCGAUGACUUCAAGAUGGUUUUAGUUGUGAGAAAUGAUUUGAAAAUGGGAAAAGGAAAAAUUGCUGCUCAAUGCAGUCAUGCAACUUUGGGUCUCUAUAAGAAGCUCCAUUAUCGUGCACCAAAAGCGUUGAAUAGGUGGGAAAUGUGUGGACAACCCAAGGUGGUACUGAAGAUAGAAAGUGAGGAAGACAUGCUAGUCUUGCAAGAGAGGGCAAAAUCAUUGAAGCUACCAACCCAUAUUACCAUUGAUGCCGGAAAAACUCAGAUUGCUCCAAAUUCAAGAACGGUGAUGGCAAUUCUUGGUCCUGUUGAAGUGGUUGAUGAUGUAACUGGUGGGUUAAAACUUUUGUAGUUUUUAAAUUCUUGCCUGUUAUCAUCUCAAACCACUUGAAAGACUUCAAUUCUCAGAAGGCUCUGCAAAAUCCACCAUGCUUGGACAUACUACACGGUAUAAAACUGAUAUAUUCAUAGCUGAGCUAUCAUGAAACUGAAUACUAUUUCCCAUUUCCGACAACCACGACGAUAGUAACGAUCUAAGUUAAACUAUUUAUAUGGAAUCGAGUCUGAAUCUAUAGAGCAGAACAGUUAGGAAGUUCUUGGAUUACCUUGUUUUAGAACACUAAAUUGGGUUCAAACCUGUUUGAAGUUUUUGAUUUCACA